AGUUAAAACACCUAAGUUCUUAUCCCUAAAUUCAAAACAACUUUCGGGUUUGAACGUUCUAAAGGGACUAGCCUUUCUCUGCUGGUGGUCUCAAAAAGAUGGUGGAUUCCGCUCUAGCUGAGGACCUAUUUGUUUCGGAGGUUUUUCACAAGUCCGUCAUUAAGGAAUAUGAGGAAGUAACCGAACCUGCAGCAGUUACUGCUAGCGUAGUAACGCUGUGCUGCUUGAGAAUUGAGAAGGAAAUAGACUUUGUUGCGGACCUUCAUUUACAACUGUGCAUUCUGAGAUUUUGUGUUGGUUAUCAUAAAUUCUUGAUUUCAAUAGUUGGAAGUAUUUAACAAAGACUUAGAAUAAGUAAGAAGGGCUCCUUCUCUCUCCCCUUCUCAAAUUCCGAUUCAUAUUUUUCCUGCUGUCUUGAUCAAUAGGCAGUGUGCUGAUUUUGUAAGUCAAUCUACAAUUACCUAAAGGCGUUAGUUAUUUUUAAUAUCAAAGUAGAAAACAAUAGCGGCUGGGGACAACUAUAAAUAUAAUGAUCCAAAACGGCUUUUAUCAGGAAAACAGAAAAUAACUGACGACUUUGAUUCAUCUAUUUCACCAAACUUUGAGAUACUUCAGUUUUAGUUAAAAUGUUUCUAUCUAACACUUCAGCUUAAUGUGUCUUGUAUAUAUGCUACGGUCAACUUUUGAUAUUUAUUGCUAAACUAUGAUCACGUUGAGUUUAAUUCUUGGAUAUUCCCGUGGAUCUUCAAGAGUUUAUGCCUUUGAUAAAAGCCAAAGCCGGCAAUAUACUGUUAACUAUCACCAAAUAUCUCUCUUUUUUUCUUUUUUCUUUUUUUUUUUUAAUUUUAUAUCUUUUUCAUUUUUGACAUUCUUGGGCUCAUUUCUUAUACUGAUGUUUUCUAGAAUUGACCCAUGAAAUUGUUUUGAGAGAUUAUUAGUAUGAGAGCUAACUACUGCCUAAAUGGUUCAUGAACAUUAACUCAAUAAAUUUUGGUAGUUAAACACGAAAGCAAUCAUUAGAUGCAAUGUUCUUGACUCCAAUAAUAUGGGUCAAAAGAAAGCAAAACCUUGACAAGUAUUGUGAAAUAAUAUCUGAGCAAGUUAAACGAGUAAAUAAGCUGCUUCUUUUUUUAGAGAAAAGACUCUUCCUUUGAUUAUUUUCGUCCGGCUCAGCAGACAAGUAGUCGUAUUCGACACCUCUCGACAUGUUGUAAUGCUUCAUUAUAGUAAAUCAAAUUUUCUGUGUUAAAAAUCAUCAUAUAAGAGUUAUUCUAGAAUAUAUGUUGCCAUCUACAUAGCUCUAGCAUAAUAAUGUUAGUAUUUGUCCUAAAGUGAGUGUCAAAAUGCUAAGUUGCAAUUCAGCAUCAGAGCUCAGUUGACCUCCUAAUGAUUAGCUAAGACUGACUGAAGUUCCUUUUUAUAUUAAAAAUGUGUAGGAAAAGCAUGCUUAAGGUUUUAACAAGUUUAUUUUGAUAAGUUUCAACUACUAUGUUACUUUAAUUAAGCGGCUUAGAGAAUGAAAGAAAAUAGCAGAAUCUUUUUUAUUUUUUUGGAUGCACUGUUAACUGAUACUUAUUGUCCCUUUGCUCGGGUUAAGAUACCAUUGAUCAAAUGAGAACUAUAAAGUGUAAAUUCCAUAAAACAUCACUAUUUUGGAGCUAAAAUAUUACAACCAUCUGUUUAAUUAACUCCAUGUUGGCAGAUGAAAAGAAAAAUUAUACUAGUAAUUGGAAUAUACUGCCUAGUUUUCACUAAUGAGUAUUGUUCUUUGUGAUUAAGGUGUUUGUUUUUUGGUAGUCCCAGACAAACAUGAGCUGGGAGAGCAUAAUAAUUAAAUCUAAUUUUCAGCAGACUAAGUUUUUCAACUAAUUAGGCAUUAAAUCAUUUCUAGGAGCGAGGAUUUAAAGUUUAUGAGUUCUAAACUUGCCACCGAACAAUAGCUCGUUUUAGUUGUUGGGCUCGCACUUAAAUAUUUUAUACAUAUUUGAUGGAUUUCUUGAUACAAAUAUAGGAUCUAAGCAAAAAGUAUUGGGUUUGUUUGAACCCGUACCUAAUAUUGUAGCUCCAUCCCAUAAGGAACAAAAAGAACCUUCUCCACUCAUUAAGUUUACAAAUAUGAAAAUGCAUUUUGAUUCCUUUUAUCUUUUCUUGUCCCUAUGAGAAAGAUUAUAUCUAUUCAUUUUACUAUAUAAAGGAAGGAUUAUAUCUAUUCAGUUUACUAUAUAAAGGAAGUUUUAUGAUAGAUUCUAAUAAACUCAAGCAUUCAUAGGAACCUUUCUAACUAGCAAUAUACAUUUCACAUUUUGGUGCUUGAAGGAAAACUCCAACAUCAAAAUGGUAAGCUCUCCUAGACAACAUGUAGAAAAGAGAAGUCUUUCAUGACUUAGAAUUAUGCAUGGAAUUUAUGGCUAAUUAGUUUUUUUUUGUGUUACUUAUAUGCAGGGAAUGUGCAGAGAUGUCAAGACUGAACCCAAACAACCACCUAGGCUGGGAGGAAAUAGAGCAGCUUUAUUUGUAUAUGCUAUAGCGGGAAUCGACACCAUGGCUUUCAUAGCAACUGGUGUGAGCUUGGUGACUUACUUUUAUGGAUUUAUGAACUUCAGCAUAACAAAAUCAGCCACAAGUGUUACAAACUUCAUGGGAACAGCAUUCUUGCUAUCAUUAUUUGGAGCAUUCCUUUCAGACACUCUCUUGUCCAGAUUCAAGACUUGUGUUCUGUUUGGCUGCUUUGAAGUUGUUGGGUAUGCACUUCUAGCAGUGCAAGCACAUUUCAGGCAACUAAGACCCUUUGCUUGUAAGGACAUAACCUUGAGCCAAAUGAAUCAAUGUGAGUCUGCAAAUAAAGGCCAAUUGGCAAUCUUAUACGCCGGACUUUAUCUAGUUGCAAUCGGGACUAGUGGAGUCAAAGCAGCUGCACCGCCUUUAGGAGCAGAUCAAUAUGAUGAGAAGGACACUAAAGAGGCUGCUAAAUUAUCAAGUUACUUCAAUUGGCUUAUGUUUUUCCUCACCACUGGUGCCUUAUUUGGUGUCACAUUUGUAGUUUGGAUAAGUGAGAAUCAAGGAUGGGAUUGGUCUUUUGCUGUCUGCAGUAUUGUAGUUGGAUUGGCAAUUCUGUUCCUAACAAUGGGAAAAUCACUGUACAGAAACAAUGUCACAAAUGGAAGCCCCCUUACACGUAUUAUGCAGGUGUUUGUUGUAGCACUUAGAAACAGAAAUCUCCCUUUGCCAGAGAAUGAACACGAGUUACACGAGAUUCAUGAUGAGGAAGCUAGAUAUGAUACUGAGAUUCUUCGAAAAACUAACCAAUUCAAGUUUUUAGACCAGGCAGCGAUAAUGAGGACUCACCAGGCACAUGGACCAUGGAGACUAUGUACAGUAACACAAGUUGAAGAGACAAAAAUUGUAGUCAGAAUGUUUCCAAUUAUAUUAAGUACUGUCUUCAUGAACACUUGUUUGGCUCAGCUCCAAACUUUUACCAUCCAACAAAGCACAACAAUGGACAGAAUAAUCCACAAGUUUGAAGUUCCAGGGGCUUCAAUUCCUGCAAUUCCCCUGUUGUUUAUGAUUAUCCUGAUCCCAAUAUAUGACCGCGUUUUCGUUCCAAUAGCAAGAAAAUUCACAGGGAUUCCAACAGGGAUCCGACAGCUGCAGCGUAUAGGUGUUGGCCUAGUACUUUCAGCUUUGUCAAUGGCAGUAGCUGCAAUUGUAGAAAAACACCGGAAAUCAGUUGCCAUUAAGCACAACAUGGUUGAAUCCGCCACACCAUUGCCAAUGAGCGUCUUCUGGCUAGGCUACCAAUAUGCGAUCUUUGGUUUAGCUGAUAUGUUCACAUUUGUCGGAUUAAUGGAUUUUUUCUAUUCAGAGAGCUCAUCAAGCAUGAAAGCACUAAGUACCGCGAUUUCUUGGUCUUCACUGGCAAUUGGAUACUACAUUAGUUCAGUGGUGGUGAGUAUUGUGAACAAGGUGAGUGGCGGCUGGUUGGCUAACAACAACUUGAACAAAGACAAGCUUGAUUAUUUUUAUUGGCUGUUAGCAGGAUUGAGUGUGCUUAAUUUUGGAUUUUAUUUACUUUGUGCUUCUUGGUAUAAAUACAAGAAUGUGGAUGUGAAUCCAGAAGAUGAUGUCCCGAGUAAUAAGGAGGCCAAGGGGAAAGAUUGAGAUGAGUAUAGUUUAGGAAUUCUACAAAAUAAUGUUGUUUGAUCUAGUGUUCAUAGUAUGUGCCUGAGAGGUUUGACUGUACUAUAUUAUGUCAUUUAUCAAGGGUUCAAUAAAACUAAAGUAA